UUCUUCUUCUUCUUCUUCUUUUUUUGGUAACCUUGCUGGAAUGUUGACCAUUCUUCUUGUUGGCUAUCUAGUGCAGACCAUAGUUCUGAGAGCUCACCAGUGUGAUCUCCUCUUCCCGUACAAAAGACACACAUUCCACAGCAAAUCCUCCCCACUCUCCCACCUUUAUGCUCUUUUAGCCCCUUCUUCCAAGUAGUUCCCUGAGCUUGUGGGGAGAGGUUGCUAUAGAAGUCCGGUUAGGGCUGAACACCCAGUCCCUUGUUCUCAGCACUUUGAUGAGCUGUCUGCCCACUACAGACAGAGACUUCUUGGGCCAAGGCGGAUGGAGAGCAGCACUGAUCUGUGGCUAUGAACGUAAGUAUUCAGAAGGUAACUUGAUAGCAUAUCCAUUUAGCAAAGCAACAGCAGUGAGCCCCUUAGGGCUGUGACCCUGAGCACCAAUUGUCAGUGUUUAAUGAUCAAUGACAGCUUCAUCCACUCAAUGAUGACAUUAAACAACGUGUUCAUGAAGCCUUGAUACUACUAUAGCUUAAAUACUUUGUAACAAAGAAGUUUAUAUGUAUUUGUCUUUAUGCCCAGCUUUUUAGAACACUGUGUGGUUUACUGAAGUUAUUGGAUCUUUUAAGAUGCCCCAUCGUAUGGCCAGGGGUUAAAAUCUUGCAGGAGCGGUGCCCAGUAUUGUCAGGUACCACUUCAGAUUGCAGUCCAGCUGACCUCACUGUGGUAAUGUGACCAGGGUUGAAUUGCCUCUCUAAUGAGAAUCAUUCUCAAAGGUUGGCUUUCUGGUUUGUUUUAAAAGGCAAGAGAAUACCAGUUGGUCUGGAAACAAAAGCUUCCAUUGGUAAAGAUUCUAAAGAGCCAGAGACUAAGAGCCUGUUCUUCUGGUGACUCACUGAAUCCUGCCUUGCUGAUGGAGGCGCAGACAGAUCCAGGUCCAGCCUUUUUUAAGUCAGCCCUCCCAGAAGCCCCCAGCCUGAUGUCUAAUGGUAGCUGUGGCAUUUUGCCUUGCUGUAGAAUCUACUAAAUCCUUGGCCCCUCACCUGAAACCCUCCUCAUACCCCAAACACUGAGAGUGACAGAUGGGGAACGGAAGCCUGCCAGGAAUGAUUGCAGGCCUGUCAAUCACGGGGCUGUGUUCCAAGUUUCUCAGAGUAUCCAAGAAAGUAAGGCAUAGCAAGCCUCAGGUCCAUGUGUUGUGUCUCUUUCCCAUGGGAAGGCCGGAUCCUGCUAGAAUGUUUUCUGUACUUCAUAGUUCCUUACCUUUGUGUGUAUUCUGCAGAAUAUAAUGGCCGACAGCCCUCUCUCUGUGAAGCAGCCGACGGACACAGUAAUGCUGGGGAAUGCAAGGCAGGGCACCAUGGGUACCAGGGCAGACACUAUCGCUUCAUUACAGCCUUUGGGAUCCAGCCUUCUAACCAAGCGUCCCGCCAGGGAACAUAGGAAAAUGUUCUUUCCUAACAGCUAUGAUGGGAUGGUGGUGGUGGGGUAGAUAGGGAUGAGAGCGGGCAAGUGCUACCCAGAGGGGACAGCUCUGACGCAUCUUCAUCUCCGCAUCCCCAUCUCCGCAUCCUCUCCACCCACCUGCCCUUUUUGCUGCUCAGAGACUCUGCUGUCUUGGUGCUGGGGUUUGAACCAUGCCACUGCCUGCCUUCCUAUCUGUCUGUCUUGUCCAUGGAGUUAAUAACUCUUCUAAUAAAUUGCUUAGCCCUAGUAAUCCGUUAGUCCACUCUGGAACCACCCCGCGGAUCUAAAACCUCGCAGUACUGACUGGCCCAGGAAAACUCACACAGGGACUGUGGGGCUGCGGGAAACACCAGAAGAUCAAGUACGGUGACUUGUGCGUAGGGGGCGAGCACCGCGAACCGACGCGUUUGUUUGUUUCCUAACAACACCGUGCUGGAGAAAUGCACAGUGGUUAAGAGUGCACACUCCUGCUGCGGAGGACAGGAGCUCCGUUUCCGCGUAGGGCAGCUCACAACCGCCCUUACCUCAGGCUGCAGGGUGAUCUGCCGCCUUUGGCUUCCUGGCACCUGCAUUGUAGCGGAGGAACCCACAUAGACACAUGGAUUAAAGAUCAGAGAGGCCGUUUACUCGGAGGGCGUGUGACGCACCGGCGGGGCUGAGCCCGGGGCCCGCGGCCCGCGGCGGCGGAAGGAAGGAAGCGAGAGCGCAGGCCGGGCUCGGCGGAGGCUGUGCGCCCGGGGGAGGAGCCUGAGCGGCCGAGCGGCGGGGCGCAGCGGCCCAGCCAUGUCGGCCGAGGAGAUGGUGCAGAUCCGCCUGGAAGACCGCUGCUACCCGGUGAGCAAGAGCAAGCUGAUCGAACAGAGCGACUACUUCCGCGCGCUCUACCGCUCCGGCAUGCGCGAGGCCGUGCGGCCCGAGGUGGGCCCGGAGGUGCAGCAGCUGCGCGGCCUGAGCGCUCCGGGCCUGCGGCUGGUGCUGGACUUCAUCAACGCGGGCGGCGCGCGCGAGGGCUGGGGCCUGAGCGAGGACGAGCUGGCCGAGGCUAGUGUGCUGUCCGAGAUGGUGGAGGCCGCGUCCUUUCUGCAGGUCACGGCGCUUCUGCGCUUGCUGCUGUCGCACGUGCGUCUGGGCAACUGCCUGGAGCUGUACCGCCUGGCGCAGGUGUACGGACUGCCCGACCUGCAGGACGCCUGCCUGCGCUUCAUGGUGCUGCGCUUCCACCAGGUGCUGUGUCAGCCGCAAUUCCCGCUACUGUUGUCGCCGCCGCAGGCCCCCGGGGACUGCAGCCUGAAGCAGAGGCUGAGGGAGGCCCGCAUGCGCGGGACCCCGGUCCUGGUGGCCCUGGGGGACUUCCUCGGGGGACCCCUUGCCCCGCACCCGUAUCAGGGGGAACCCCCGUCCAUGCUUAGGUACGAGGAGACCACGGAGCGCUGGUUCCCCCUGGCCAACAACCUGCCCCCCGACCUGGUGAACGUCAGGGGCUACGGCUCAGCCAUUUUGGACAACUACCUCUUCAUCGUGGGUGGUUACAGGAUCACCAGCCAGGAGAUCUCUGCCGCACACUCCUACAAUCCCAUCACCAACGAGUGGCUGCAGGUGGCCUCCAUGAACCAGAAGCGAUCGCAACAUGAACAUCCUGCAGUACUGCCCCUCCGCCGACCUCUGGACGCUGUUUGAGACCUGUGACGUCCAUAUCCGCAAGCAGCAGAUGGUGUCCGUGGAGGAGACCAUCUACAUCGUGGGUGGGUGUCUCCAUGAACUGGGGCCCAACCGCAGGAGCAGCCAGAGUGAGGACAUGCUCACCGUGCAGUCCUACAACACAGUCACGCGUCAGUGGCUCUACCUGAAGGAGAACACGUCCAAAUCGGGCCUGAACUUGACAUGCGCACUGCACAAUGACGGCAUCUACAUUAUGAGCAGGGACGUCACCCUGUCCACCAGCUUGGAGCACCGAGUGUUUCUCAAGUACAACAUCUUUGCUGACAGCUGGGAAGCCUUCCGGCGGUUCCCAGCUUUCGGACAUAACUUGUUGAUUUCCUCUCUCUAUCUGCCCAAUAAAGCAGAGACCUGACUGAUUCAACGGUAUUUAAAAGAAAAGUCUGGUUCAAGGGGGAAAAAGCAAGCCUUUGAAGUCCUGACUCCUGAAGGGACAGAGCGGGCUAACGUAGGUCACGUAUGUAGGCGGCUCAGCUGUAAAUAAGCUUUCUUGAACUAAUUACUUGAAAACUUGGGGUGAAGAGACCAACCCUAUUUUUUCCAGAUUAUUAUUAUUAUUAUUAUUAUUUUGUAUCAUGGGAACAAAUAUCAUGAUAUUCAUCCAAACCUAACAGUCUUGGACCAACAGCUAAAACCCACCAUUAAAAAGUAGACUGCUAGGGUCUGCUUUGUACGGGCCAAGGUCAGUAGCUAACCUGUUAGUAAUGGUUUUGUUUUGUGUUUUUUUCCUGCUGGGAAUGGAAUCCAGGGCCUCAUGGUAGUCCUGGAAAAGAUGACAUUAAAAAUGCCCUUUCUUCAGGUCACCUGAGAUCUCCUCAGAAGGGACAUUCCUUUUGGCGAUCGGUUUAUUUGACAAGCAUUAGGAUCCGUCACCUCCUUAGCUUCCGACUCCCUUGUCACCCUGUCUCUCUGGGCAGGCAUUUUAUCUUAUAUUUGUUUUCAGAAACGCUAACAGGUGUGUACAACCUUUUGAUAUUUAGAAAUCAUAUUAUCAUUUAUAAACCUUUAAAGAAGUCUCUUCAUGUUCUAAGUAAGUACCUGAUGUUGUGUUGGCUGCUUCGUAGCUGUCCUUGGGGCCCACAAGCUAUGGCUGCCUUGCCUGCUACAAGGAUAGAGGCAGCCAGAGCAUCCACAUAAGCAGCCAGAGCAUCCACAAACGUGGAUAAACACGUUCUCAGCCACUUUCCCAGUCUUUGUGCAAUUGAAAAUGCUGUCUAAAGUAGACUAGUGAACCUCUUAUGUCAUGUGUGGCAAAUGAGGGUCUGUGUGGGUCACCACAGCUGCAUUGUGAGGACUUUGUUUUUAGAAGAUUGCUAUAAACACUAUAAAUUGAGUCUUAGAUGAGGAGGAGGACCACAUGAGGAAAGAUGCCUUUAGGAGUUAUUUUAAUUGAAUGUAUUUAACCUAGUUCUUGUUUUAAGACAGAAAUCAAAACCAAACCAAACCAACGUUUGCACAUUUACUUAGGUUUUCUCCUAGCUUGAUCUUAGCCUUAGAUGUUCAGCCGUGUUUUGCCUUUUUAAGGGAAGGAUGGCUGUAGCUGAUGUGUGCUAGAAAGCAGGGGAGAUGUCCUUUACAGACAUGGGAAGGCCUCUGCUGGCCUUUCUGACUUGAGGUGAGGUGCUGGCUUCAGAGCUCUCAUGCCAACAACGGUGCAUAACUUAAGGACCUGCCAAUCAUGGGUCUGUGUUUCUUAAAAGACUCAAGGACCUACUUAGCACGCAUGAGAGGCCCCAGGUUUAAUCUCCGGCACUUACAGCAACAGCAACAAGGUCCUCACCUACAGGAAUUUUGAUUGAAGAGAAUUUGCUGCAACCAGCUGCUAUCUUGUAAUAGAGUUGGCUAAAGGGACCGGACUCCAUCUCCACACCAGCAGCGGGCUGCCGCCUUGCACAUUAAAGAAAGCUCCACAGAGAACCAAGAGCUACAGGCAGAUUCUUCCUGGUUCCUUGCACAGCUGCUUUCCUGGUAGCUGGCCAUGGGAGAGGGAAGCUGACCCCUAGUAGGUCUUCAGUGUUAAUGAGGGAGUCACUUCAGAGUUUCUUUGCAGCCAUGCCUCUAAUACAGCUUUAGAGCCUCGUUAUAAAACUCUUCUUUGCACAGUGGUUUAGAAUCUCUGCUAGUCUUUAUUUGGGACAUGGUGACAAUUCUUAGUGUCUUGUCAUGAAAUCUACCAAUAUCCAAUCAACCUGCUUAUAAUGUCAUUGGAAGCUUACAGGCCAUUUCCAGCCACAUCUGUUUUCAAACACUAAGUCUGUUUUUCUUACUCCCACCCCCUUUUUUUCCCUCUCUAAGACAGGGUAUUGCCUUACAAUCCAGGAUAACUCCAAACUGGAGACUCUCACCUCAGCCUCUUGCUUCUGUGCCUGUCUUUAUGUAUUACUUUUAAAAUUGUUUUGCUGGGCUCUUUUCAAAUAACAAAAAACUCUGAGCUAAAAUCUUCACCAAAAUGGUACUUAUAUAAUAGAUUUAAUUUAUAUUCACUUUAGAAUUGAAUUUUGGAGGAGUCUAUAAUUUCAUUACUGCACUUUAAAGUCUAAUUUAUGUUUGUUGUUAUGGCUCUUCAUUUUUAUGCAGCCUAGUCCUGAAUAUUCAGAGGAAACUGGCAGAUGAAUUAGCAAUGGACAAAGAUGGGCAAUUAUCUUGUGAAAAUACAGAUCUUAAAAGCCCAUCAUGGCAUCUACCUGUUGACUUGUUCUCUUCCUGAUGGCCAUCUUUGGACAUAUUUCCUAAUGCCAGCAACUAGAUUCUUGGACCAAAUGAAGUUCUAACACUGACAUCCACAAAGCUCUCACCCCAGGCUUAACAUGUAGCCUGUGUGCAGUAUAUGGCUCUGGGGUUUAGAUGCACAGACUCCCAGCAGAAGUUUGUUGUUCUUGCUGUCAUCUAUGCUUGGAGAAGAGAGUCAUGUCAUAGAACUGGGAGGGUUUUAUGACAUCUGUCUGCCUGUGCCCUUUCUGAGCAUUCUGAGAGCACUUGGAGUUCAGCUGGUGCCGACUGCAGACUUCGCCAGGAUGAUAGUGUUCCUUUGGAAACCUUCCCUUCCUCAGACAACUCCUUAUGCGAUACUUCGUAUUUCUUUCCAUUCUCUGUUGCCUUACUCCCCCUACCACCAGCUUCUGAGGGGUUCUAGCUCCCACUGUGUAGCAGGAAGUGUCUGGGAGUACCCCCAAGGGAGCUUCCUGUCAAGUGUGCACUCCUACUCCGGGAGGCUUCUCCCCUUGGCACCAGAAAGGUUCUGAGAUGAUUGUGUGAGAAUCUCUAACUUCUGCGAUCUGAGCUAGGACAUAUUGUCAAAGAACCUACAAGGUGGGGGAUGCUGGCAAGAAACGCAUACGGCUUAGGAUUAAGCAUGAAACCAAAGAGACCUUGACCCUGCUGUGUUCUGUUGUUUCUAACGCCAAGAACCCAAGCAAACUUAAAUGCCUUAGGUUUCCGUUCAAGCAGAGGGAAGGCGAGGAUACUGUAGCUCUAUACUGGGAGAACAGAGGAAAAUGUUUCUUUUUAAUAAAUAGUUGUUUAUAGACUAUUAGAGGAGCAGUCCUCAUAAUUCCAGGGAAAGUUAUAAGCCUGUUUGGCCAAAGAGGUAAAUAGAAGGGGCCCUGAUGUCUUUGUCAAGGUGUUGGGUGAGCUUAGCUUAGCACUGCUGACGUGAGGGGCUGCAGGACAAAGGGAUCAUGCUGAAGGCUGUCUUGACCUUACCCAGGAGUACGGGGUCUGUGUGUACACUCGCUCUGUCAGGGUUUGCACUUAGGAGACCUGUCAAUCAGUGCUACCAGACAUCCUGCCAGCCUACCAGAGUGAAGUGAAUGCCAGUUCCUGCCCCUGCCUCCGAGAUAGUCAGUAUGAAGGGAGCUGUGAUCUCUGGAAGUAGUGAGCUACAUCAAUUCCAUUCCUUGGUGACCAGAAACAUUAAGUGUUGGUGUGAGACAGAGCCUAGCCUGGGGACACUGACUGAGCCACUGUCCCUGGGACAAUGUGCUCUCAUUUCAGCCAUGGUGUAGUCAGAGAUGCCCACUUUAGUCAGGCACACUGGGCCCACUGCCCACUGCCUUGUGAUUCAGUAAUAACCAUGGGAGCUUGUUUGCCCUUAAAUCUGAACAUCAUAUCCCAUGUUUCAGGUUUUUUUUUUUUUUACUGUGUGUUUUUUCUUUUUUUUUCUUUUAAAGUUAACUACUUUUUAUAAUCCUUGCACUUCGCAGUUUGUGAAAACACAGAAAUGAUGUGGAAUGUGUUUUACUUAGAACUCACUCAGCACUGUAGCCCCGCAGAUGGUUCUAAUGAAGGAGGAAGAAGAGAAGGUGAAGAUUUGGCACGAGUAAGCUCAGCGCUGGUACGUUUACGCCUUUGCCUUUAAAACAUUCCCGUGGAAGAACUCAGCAAUGCUCCCUUGGAUACUUUAUCACGGAGGAUGGUUGAGUUCGCCUUGCUGAUGACUGUCGAGUGGUUUCCACCUUAGGUUUAGUACACGUGUUUGCUUUUCACUUUCGUUAGUUUGGAAACACAACAGGAAAUACAUAGUGACUGCCAGCUGCCACUUGACAUAGCCAUAUUCACCCAUUCCUACAGGAAGCCCGUGAAAUGAAAAAGAGGGUCCAUUCCGUAGAGCCCAGGGUGCUCAGUGUUUCCGUAGGGCUGGUUGGUGCUUUCCAUAGCUUGUUACUGGCAAAGCAAAGGAAAAUGUGAUUUGUUGUAUCACUUCAGGGUGCGACAUUUCUCUGUCCCUCCAGUGUUUUCUUACCUAGUUAUUUUUAUGGAAAAGAAUAACCCUCAAGUUACAUUCUGUUAUGACUGACACUUUCUUUGUUUGAAAUAUUGUACUGAGUCUGUAGUUUGGAGUGUGGCAUAAACACACACAUCAGCAUUGUCGCAUAUCUAUAGCCGUGUUUGUACAUUUGACACCUGUGAACCACAGAGCUGUGUUCAUUUUUUUUUUUUUUUGGACUAUGGAAUGAAAUGCCUUUAAAUAAAAGAGUUCUCAAUCAGC